CAUUGCAGAUUUCGUCCACACCGCCGCGUAUCGAAAAAGAUAUUUAAUUUAAACCACAUUUUACUUUCUUUUUUUUAAAUCUAAACUAUAUUUUUUCCGCACCAUUCUCAAUGUGAAUUUCUUUUUCGAGCUUUAUGCGUUUUGGUGUGAUAAUUUUGGUCAGUGAAUGAAUAAAGUUGGUUAAUUUGAAAAUGGCGCUUAGUUCAUUGACUCCGUCAAGCAUGCUCGGCGAGCUCGGCCGGUUGGCGAACUGGUUAAGAGGAGACUGUCUCUCUUCUGAAGAAUAUGCCGGUCUGGCUGUUACGGAGAAGUUGGAGAAUGUGCAGCUACUGGACAAGUAUAACUUACGAAACCCAUCGAAAGGCACGCUGUACUUCGCGACCACACACCUAAUUUUCGUGGAUCAUGAGAUGAGGAAGGAGACAUGGAUCCUGCUAAUGCACAUAUCGUCAGUGGAGCGGCUACCAAUCACAACCACCGGGUCGCCGCUGCUGGUUCGCACCAAGACCUUCCAGUCGGUGUUCUUCGUGAUCCCCAGAGAGCGAGACUGCCACGAGAUGCACCAGACGUUGCUCAGGCUCAGUCAACCAGUUCACAUCGACGAGUUGUACUGCUUCCACUACAAAUCAACUCCGGACGACUUACCGAAGUCUGCCGGUUGGAACUUCUUCGACAUCCCGACAGAGUUUCAGAGGAUGAACGUCCCCAACGAACAGUGGGUUCUCUGCACCGCUAAUAAGGAUUAUGAGCUCUGCGAUACAUAUCCAAGCGAGAUCUACGUACCGGCUAAAGCGUCUACAGCGGUACUCCUGGGCAGUGCCAGUUUCAGAUCCAGAGGAAGGCUGCCAGCCCUUGCGUACCUCCACCACAAUAAAGCAGCUAUAGCACGCUGCAGCCAGCCACUCAGCGGAUUCUCAGCCAGGUGUAUGGAAGACGAACAAAUGCUAGACCUGAUACGGCGAGCGAAUCCGAACUGCGGCUACAUGUAUGUCGUCGAUACUAGACCGAGGAUCAACGCAAUGGUGAACCGCGCCGCCGGCAAAGGGUACGAGAAUGAGGCUUUCUACGAGAACAUAAAGUUCCAAUUUAGCGGUAUAGGGAACAUACACGUCAUGAGGAAGAGUUUGCAAAAAUUGGUCGAGACUUGCGAACAAAAUACGCCUACUAUGUCCUCCUUCUUGAGCGGAUUAGAGUCCUCUGGUUGGCUGAAACAUAUCAAAUCCAUCCUAGACACAUCGUGGUGGAUCGCAUGCGCAAUAGACAGCGGCGUCAGCGUGUGCGUCCACUGCAGCGACGGCUGGGACAGGACCGCGCAAGUGUGUUCGCUGGCGGCCGUCUGUCUGGAGCCGCACUACAGGACUAUCAACGGUUACCAGGCACUAAUAGAGAAGGACUGGCUGUCGUUCGGUCACAAGUUCAGUGCCCGGUGCGGGCACAUCGCCUGCGACGGACGAGAGAUAUCCCCUGUGUUUACGCAACUGUUAGAUUGUACGUGGCAAUUGCUGAGACAAGCUCCUGAAGCGUUCCAGUUCAACGAGCGCUUCCUGCUCACGCUGCACGAGCACGCGCACGCGUGUCAGUACGGCACCUUCGUCGGCAACUGCCAGAAGGACCGCCGAGACCUCAGGCUAUCGGAGCGCACAUUUUCUCUAUGGGGGUAUAUGGCGAACCAUUUGAAUGAGUACAAAAAUCCGCUAUACAAUCCCAAAGCCCACCCCGAUAUCUUGAAGCCGGACUUGAGCGCGCAAAGUAUAAGAUUCUGGCGCGGCAUGUACUGUCGCCAUGAAAGUGUUCACCCGCGCGAACCACUCGGCGACUUACUGCCGGCUGCGGUCGAGCAUUGCUCAGCUCUCGACCACCACAUCGGAUAUCUAACUAAGAGGAUAGCGACCUUCAAGAACCUGCUGUCGGGGAAGAAGGAGAAGAGUUCAGAAACAGCUGUGGUGAACUAUCAGAACGGCAGUGCGGACGCCGUUGAGAUCGAGACCAGGACUGAAGCGUUGCAGAUCGAUAACAAAUUGCUGUACGAAUCUGGUGCCACUCUCUCGGAGCUAGAGUGCGCUAACCACGAUCACCCGCUGAAGGAUAAGGUCAAACCUGGAAAAAUACCGCUUAUUACAGAGAAGGCAGACGACAGUAUACCAGUGAACCUGUCAGCCUUGGAGCGGGAAGUGAACACAGUAGCCUUGGACUGGAAGAGCAUAAAGAAUGUUACCGAAUGCAGCUGUUCCACGCCCCUAGACCACUUUAGCAGAAAGCACCACUGCUGGGGCUGCGGCCGCUGCGUGUGCACGCGCUGCGUCCCGCGCCGCGCUGCGCUGCCGGCGCUAGCGUCACCUCGCGCUGCGCCGCUCUGCGCCGUCUGCGCCUCGCCCUCCUCACCCGCCUCACCCGCCUCCCUCCACUCCCCGCACACAGAUCUCGUAACUUCGACAAAUUAAUGAAUGAACAAUAUUGUAGAUAGCAGCUGAAGAGUCUAUAUUAUUUGAUUGAAAAAAAAAUCAUAAGAUUUAUAUUAUGUUUGUAAUUAGCAUCACGAUUACUAGACGCACACCAGCACCACCUCACAUUUUUAUUAACUUCGUUUAUUUCUUAGCGAAAAUAUAUAUAUAUUAACAGUUUAUGUCACACACUAGAUAACGUAAGUAAAAUUUUGGUAGAAAUCAUUAUAGUUUUCCAAGUGGCGCUAGUGUGCUCAGAUUAAUCGUUCAAAUUUAAAUGAAAGACUAUUUAGUCCCGUGUACAUAUAGUCGCACAAUUACAUAUAGUUUUCACCACAAUUAAAUAAUAAAUAUUGCCAUAGUAUCAUUACAUUCUAAUUAGAAAUAUUUACACAAGAAAAGAACGCUAUUUCUCUUUAAAUAUUGUUGUAAUCCUUACGUAUUAUAAAAUAAAAGUCAACUGCCGCGUCUGUCUGUCUGUUUGCUCGCGAUAAACUCAAAAACUUAUGCAUGGAUUUUCAUGCGGUUUUCACUGUGUGAUUCCAGAGGAAGGUUUAGGUGGAUAAUUUAUUAUGUUUUUACACGAGCGAAGCCGGGACGGGCUGAUAGUUUUUAUUAAUGCGACUUGUUUAAUUUUUCCACUUACUUCUGUGAUAAAUUGCAUUUUUUAUAUGUUGACGGUGCGACCUACAAACUCCAAUCAAUUAUCUACUUAAAAUUCUAUCUGUAUUACCUAUUUUUAUUCCGAUUUAAAACUAUUCAAAUCUAGUAACAUUUCGGAUAAUUAGUUUGAUUUUGUUUUAUUCGUGAUUUAUGUAAAUAUUGACAUAUAAAUAAGUAGCAACCAAUUAAAGUGUAAAAAUAAAUAUAUGUAUAUCUGCC